AUGCUCUCCACUGUCGUCGAUAGCAUCAGCGUAUUUGCCUUCCAGUCCAAAUUCCUAUGGAAAGACUACAAACGCACGCGACAACGGGAAGCCGAAGAACGAGCCACAUCGAAAUUCUACGAGGAACAACGAAAGAAGAACGGUGACGUGCAACUGUCUUUGAAAGAAAUCGAAACCAUCGUGGACGACUCGAGAUACCUUGCAGAAGACUGGAAACAAAGAUAUGCCAUCUCUGAGGAGAAUAGACGUCACUAUUUCAACGAUGGAAAUCAACUACCUAUCGUUCUCUUCCCUCCGAAGGCGGGGACAGUCGAGGUCACCGCGAGGAUCACUCAGACCGGCGAAGGAAGUCACAUGUCAGCUCAUAUUCACCCACUCAGCGAUCUAAAUGUGGAAGAUUCAGAAUAUCAAAGAGCGAAGAGCUGUAUCAUUUCUGAACUGGACACCAAGAUGAGCCAUUUGAACAAGUCGUCUUCGUACUAUGACUGGAUUUCAGGCCCAGAGCGCACGCUAGGUUAUAACAUGAGCAAGAUGACGGAUAAUUGGGCGGUAAGAUACCCAGAGAUCACGUUCAUCACUCAUACACCAUCCGGUGAUCUGUAUAAACCUGCGACCGCGAGACGCACAACCUUCCAACGAGAGCAAGUGGACAUAGAGAGUCCCUGUCAUCAGAGUUCGCGAGCGCAUCUACCAUUUAUGAGAAAGCAUAAAGAGGGAUCUUCGGUAAGGCUGUAA